AUGGCUCAGCUUAACCUUAUACUUGUCUGGUUAUUUUUCUUUACUCUAUGUCUUCAUUGUUGUCCUUCUACGGCCCAGCUAAGUCGACACCACUACGCCAAAACAUGCCCCAAUGUCGAAAACAUCGUCAGAGAAGCAGUAAAGAAGAAAUUUCAUCAAACAUUUGUCACGGUCCCUGCUACCAUUCGUCUCUUCUUCCAUGAUUGCUUCGUGCAGGGUUGUGAUGCUUCGGUUUUGGUUGCGUCCACGGGAAACAACAAAGCAGAGAAGGAUCACCCUGAUAAUCUUUCUCUUGCUGGAGAUGGGUUUGACACAGUGAUUAAAGCAAAAGCAGCAGUGGAUGCAGUUCCGUUGUGUAGGAAUAAAGUUUCAUGUGCUGAUAUUUUAGCCAUGGCAACCCGAGAUGUUAUUGCACUGGCUGGUGGACCAUUCUAUGAAGUUGAAUUGGGAAGAUUUGAUGGGCUAAGAUCUAAAGCUUCAGAUGUAAACGGGAGGUUGCCUCAGCCAGAGUUCAACUUGAACCAGCUGAAUUCACUGUUUGCGGCGAACGGUCUCACCCAGACAGAAAUGAUAGCCCUAUCAGGUGCCCACACAGUUGGAUUCUCCCAUUGCAACAAAUUCUCGAAGAGAGUGUAUAAUUUCAAGAGCAAAAAUGGAGUGGACCCAGCAUUGAAUGAGAAAUAUGCAACACAGCUAAAGUCAAUGUGUCCAAGGAACGUGGAUCCAAGGAUUGCCAUAGAUAUGGACCCAAUCACACCACGAGCAUUCGACAAUGUUUACUUCAAAAAUCUUCAGCAAGGGAAGGGUCUCUUCUCCUCAGACCAAGUCCUCUUCACAGAUUCAAGGUCCAAGGCCACUGUGAAUGCUUUUGCCAGUAGCAGCAAAAUUUUUCACGAUAACUUCGCUGCUGCCAUGACCAAAUUGGGCCGAGUUGGAGUAAAAAAUGCACAGAAUGGAAACAUUCGUACCGAUUGUUCAGUCAUCUAA